AUGAGCGACCCAGAAAAUGACUCAGGUUCUGGCGAACUUCCACCUACCAUUCGUGAUGAAUUUCCGGAGCAUACGUUCCGCAUACUGCUCGCGACAGACAACCACAUAGGAUACUUAGAGAGAGACCCUAUAAGAGGUCAAGAUUCGAUCAACACCUUUCGUGAAAUCUUGCAACUAGCGGUGAAACACGAUGUCGACUUUAUCCUACUUGCUGGAGAUCUCUUUCAUGAAAAUAGGCCCUCAAGAGACUGUCUGUACCAGGUUAUGGCUCUUCUGCGCGAGUACACGAUGGGCGACAGACCUGUACAAAUUGAGCUCUUGAGUGACCCCAAUGAAGGCAGAGCGAGCGGCUACUCAUUUCCGGCGGUUAACUACGAGGAUCCCAACUUCAACGUCGGCAUACCCGUUUUCUCCAUACACGGCAACCAUGAUGACCCACAGGGUGCAGGACCCGAAGGUGCUCUGUGUGCGCUUGACAUGCUCUCUGUGAGCGGUUUGGUGAACUACAUGGGCAAGAUCGACCUCCCACUGGAAGACGCGGAAGCACAGAGCACCGGGAUCGCCGUGCGCCCGUUGCUCUUACGCAAGGGCAACACUCGCCUGGGCCUCUACGGUAUCGGAAACAUCAAGGAUCAGCGUAUGCACUUCGAGCUGCGGAGCAACCGCGUGCGGAUGUACAUGCCGCGCGACAAGGACGACUGGUUCAACAUCCUGUUGCUCCACCAGAACCGUGUCGCACAUGGCCCACAGCAGUCGGUACCGGAAGGCAUGUUCGACGACAGUGUUGAUUUGGUGGUGUGGGGGCACGAGCAUGAUUGCCGGAUCGUCCCCGAGCCUGUUGCUGGAAAGGACUACCACAUCACGCAGCCCGGAUCCUCCGUGGCCACAUCUCUCGCAGAUGGCGAAGCGUUGGAAAAGCAUGUCGCGUUGUUGAAGAUCCAAGGCAAGGAUUUCCAGCUCAUACCCAUCCCUCUGCGGACCGUAAGGCCCUUCGUCCUUGACGAGAUAAUCCUCAGCGAGGUAGCCGAGGACGAGCAACUAGACCUCAACGAUCGAAUGGCCAUAGCUAAGUAUUUGAAGGCCAAGGUGAAUGAGCUGAUUGACCAAGCCGAUGCACUGUGGGACGAGCGAAAUGCUAAGGCCGUCGCAGAGGGUGAACCCGAGCUCCCUCGUAUGCUGCCGCUGGUCCGCUUAAAAGUCGACACAACCGGCGUCAGCGAGAUGUCGAACCCGGUGCGCUUCGGGCAGGAGUUCCAAGGGCGAAUCGCGAACCCGCGAGACGUAUUAGUGUUCCACCGUGCCAAGAAGACCGCAAGCCGUGGCGCAAAGGUCACUGCCGACCAGCCCGAGCUCAGCAUCGACGACCCAGACCUGUCCAUUUCGGAGAAGCUCUCGAAGGUGCGCGUUCAAACGCUCGUGCGGGAGUAUCUCGCUGCGCAGGAGCUGCAGCUACUCGGCGAGGCGGGUAUGUCGGAUGCUAUUGAGAUGUUUGUCGACAAGGACGACAUCCAUGCCAUUCAAGGUCAUGUGAGCACUGCUUUGAAGACGUUAAUGAAGGGUGUGCAGGCUACUGGUAAGACUGAAGAUCUCGAGGAAGAGGAAUUGGAUGAGAUUGUUGGUAAAGUCAGAGAGCAACAAGAACAGGAUUAUCUGGACAAGAGGAAUAAUGGAAAGGCAUCGAAGUCUAAGGGCAAGGGUAAGGCGACGAAUGACGCAUCCGAUGCGGAGUCAAUGGAUUCCAUGAUGAUGGAAUUCGACGCCGUGCCAUCCGAUUUUGACGAGUCGGAUGAAGCACCGAAGAAAAAGGCUACGACGCGGAAAAAGGCCGCCGCUCCUGUGAAGAAGGUGCCUGCCAAAGGCAGGGGGAAGAAGAAAGCUGUUGAAUCUGACGAUGACGAAGAUAUGGACGACAUCGAGGAAGAGGCGCCCAAACCGAAGCGGACAAACAGAACCGCUGUACUUACCCAAACGACCAAGAAGGCACGGGCGAAGAAGACGGCCACCAAAGCCUCCACAGCCAAGCAGGCAACACUGAGCUUCGCGCCUUCAGGGCGCACUUCUACUCGAGCUGCUGCAGCCAGGUCAACACGGAAGACAGCGGAAAUAGUGGAAUUGGACAGCGACGAUUGA